AUGCAUUGCAUGUCCCAUCAUCCAUUCACCCCUCAACCAACCAACCCCCAGCAGGGCAGGGAGUGCAGCAGGGAAGAAUACCCUGGUGCGAGUGCGCAUGGCCACAGAUGCGCCGUGCUUUGCUUCGUGUGGACACUGCACGGGACAUCACAUCAUACAUGUGCUUCCCCAACCCCAGCAGGGCAGCACGGCAACCUCCCCCGGUGCGAGUGCGCAUGGCGAUGGAUGCGCUGCGCUUCGCUCGCCUUACAUUGCAUGUCUCAUCAUCCAUUCACCCCCAGCAGGGCAGCAGCGCAGAGUGCCCGUGUGCGAGUGCGCAUGGCAAUGGAUGCGCUGUGCUUUGCGGACGAGCGCUGGCUCGUGUGCGGCUCUGAUACCACGGGAUCUGCGCCGUCCACCAUCGUCCUCUGGGAUACCUCCCGCCCCCCCUCCUCCUCCGCUGCACCCUCUGCCUCGCCUGCUGCUACUGCCACUCCUGGUGCCUCUGCUCCCAGCGGCGGGGAUGGCGGCGUGGCUCUCUUUGAUUCACGCAUGCACAAGGCCAUCACUCGCUUCUCACUGGGAGGCAGUUUUGAGGUGAGAGGGAUCAGAGGGGCGAGGGGAAGGGAGGUGAGAGGGGGUGAUGGGGGGUAUAGGGAGGGAUGGCGGUGUGACGUCAGCAGCGUUAAGCCCGUGACGUCAGCAGCGUUCAGCCCCUGUGCCAACCCCACUUGUUCCCGCUUGUGCGCACUUGUGGUUUGGUUGGAGCAUGCGGAGAGCGGGGUGAGAGGAGGGAGGGGAGGGGGGGUGAGUGCAUCGUGUGGUGUGCGUUGUGUCUUUGUGGAUUGUGGGGACGAAGGGGUCAAUGAUGCCAGGUGGCUCUCUGCUUCGCCUGGCCUCGUGACUGCCAGUGGCAAUGGCAGCGUGGCUGUAUGGGACUUAAAGAGUGUGGCUGUGUGGGACGUCUCUUUGGCCGAUCCCCUCACUGCCUUCUCCUUCGCACACACUCGAUCUAUCAACACUGUAAAGCAGUCCACAUGCCUGGCUGACAAGGCUGUUGCUUUGGCGUCCCCCUCCCUGCAUGGCAGGUUGCGCGGCCACCCGGUGACGCCUGCAUUGCCUUUUGAGGCGUCUCAAAAGCCUUUUCUCUGCUCCUCCUCCCCCUCCCUCCAUGACCAGGUGGCAGUGGCACCCGAUGAUGCCUGCAUUGCCACUGGAGGGGAUGAUCAGAAAGUGGUCCUCCAUCUCUCUCCUUUGACCGCCUCUUCAACUUCGACUCACUGGAAGCUCACACAUCCCCUUGCCUUGUAG